AGUUUAAAAUACCUUGAUCGUGAGCGCUCACCCUCAGUGGUGUUCAAGCUGCGCUCCAGUACGGUUAACUAGCCUUGCAUCGUGACAAGUUCGCCGUAACUGUUGUGAUUUUUAUUGUAUUAUAGCUCUGUGGAGUCCAGUCGAGAGGAACCUUGAGAUCUGUGCCAGCCACAACUGUUUUCAAAUUUUACCAUAUCUUCGAGAUAAAGAAACCUAACUAAGAUGCUCGCUAGCCCAGCCAUGGAAAUGCAAGCCGAGGAAACUCCCCUGGCCCUACAGAGGCUGUGGAACCUGACGCGUGCUCGCCUUGCAGGAACUUCCACUGCCCUUGGAGGGGAAGUAGCUCUGGUCGAGACCUUGCCUUCAGCCCAGGAAUUAGAAGUCGCUCCAAAGCCAUUCCCUGUACCAAGCGACUACGAGAGUGAUGGCGAGGAAGCAUUCCCGGACGCCGAUGUUCAAGAGCAACCCGACAUCCCGUGCAAGAGUUACUGGACGGGAAGCGGUUUUGAAAAAGAGGUUUUACUAGAUGCCAGCACUCUCGGGGACGUGCCUGCGGUUUACAAAGUGCCGCAACCUGCGCCGCACCAAAUGCCAGUUAUCGGAGUCUACAUUGAUCCACGAGUCAGAACCGGAUUCAGAUACAAAGUUAGGCCGAUGCAGGCCGUGGACGCUCCCCCACUAUCAGUGAAGCCGAGGUACUUGUUUGGAGGAAAAGCUUUAACCCUACAGUCGAUUGGGCGCGGAUUUGCUCGCCGACUCACUUUUGAACCCGUUGGCUCCAAGCUCAAUGAAAAUGAUAAUUACUUCUGGACUGACUCCAGGCCUGAAGGUUUUGUGUUUGAGAUCGAGGCUGUUUCGAUCGGCGAUAAAUUUACUAUCUACGAUGCUAACCAUGAACCUCAGGGCAUUUUGGAAGUAGUUCAGCAGCAGAAAAAUCAAAUUGAGUUGGACCAAAAAGUGCAUGAAGAUGGUUCUAUUGAUAAGAAAGUGAAAAUCAACACCCUCUGUAAAGUGGAGUGGUACGAAAAUGACGGUGCUACGAAACUGAUGCCUGUCACCGGUGUAGCUAUCUUGAAGAAAGGAAGAGGCAAUGCCGCUGUCACACGCGUUAUUAAUGUGGCCAUCGGCAUCAAGCAACUGAAGAAGGGCUAUGAACUGAAGCCCGGCAUCCAGUCCUCUUCUAGAAGAAUCACUGUCAACGGCGGUGACAUUAAAGACAUUCCAUGCCAAUAUUGUAUUGUUGGACUUGAGAAAUAUGAACUGCCUGCUAUUGGCACUUAUGUUGACCCUCGCAUCAUCCCUGGUUUCCACUACCGUGUGCGUCCAGCAGGCAGCCGUCGCCAUCUCUUCGAGGGACGCAGCUUGCUGUUGCAAUCUAUCGGAAUGGGCUACGGAAAACGUAUUACGUUCAAACCCGACACGUUGAAUGCCCCAGAAAACUAUUUCUGGUCCGACUCGCAUCCCGAGGGCAUUGGCAUGGAACCACGCGCAAUACAACCAGGAAUGAAAUUCACAAUCACAGGAAACGGAGGCUUGUUAGGCGAAGCGAGCGUGUUUAGAGCUGAUUUGCCGCAAGUUGAAGAGAAGACUGAGUAUGUAGAAGUUCCAGGGAAGCGUGGAAAGGCCGUAGAGAAGUACAUUCACGUUGACGUCACUUGCCACGUGAAGUUAGCAACUACUGGCGGCGGUUCGGCUGACCUGGAAGUGCAUCUGAUGAAGGUGUCGGGAGUGGCCGUGGUGCGCAAGGAGCCGGGACAAGCCGAAGCUAAGUUGAUGAAGGUGUUCAACGUGGGCUUGGACUCGCAGCUCAACCUGCUGUUCGCCCACUCACAGACCGAGCUGACUUUCCAUCCCCUGCCUUAAGUUAUGUCCGGCUCGAAUGGUAUUGCAAUACAUGUGAUAGCGCUCGCUUCACUGAGUAUUGUAACGCCAAAUAAACACUUACCUGGCGCGACAUAGGCUCCGUCAAAUGCCAAUUGAUUGGUCACGAGUUUGCAACCGGAAGUCGGUCAGAUCUAGCUGGACCGAUGCAGUUGGCAGUUCGAUUGCGAACUCCUCUCAGCUUCGCGCUGAACGCUUUCUAAGCGCUGUUCUUACGAGCUGUUGCCAUCUGAGCUCGUUUUGCUGUAUCAAGGACACGAACAUUUGGAAGAUUAUAGUUACACAGUAAUUUAUUUUGUUAAAAGCUUGUAUUUCAUGAAUACAUCCAUUUGGGGGUUAGGUUUAAAACCGUAGAUACUUCCGUACUUGAUCUUAUAUUUUAAGAAUUAUCAGUAUUUUAAAUGGAAACUCUCGUAAGUUGUGACAUCAAUAAAUGCAAUGUGUAAAUAUUCUUUUCAUUGAAUAUCCUGGAGAGAGUAGUAAAAGACUAGAAUCCAUGUCACAUUGAAGAUUAAUUAUAUUAAAACUGACUAUUAUAUUAUCUUCGCAUUUUCAUUUUAAGUAUGCUAUUUUUACCAAUAAAGAUAAAUAAAUUGA